AUGGAAAAACAAUUAAACAAGACUUUUGGUUUUAUAGUCUCAAUACAAUUUUUUAUAUCUACAGUAAAUUUGUGCUCGUCUGGAUAUUACAUGACAAAAGUGAACGUUGAUAAUCCAAGUUUUUGGACAGCCUUAGUAAUUUUAAGUACAUUCACUUUGCAGAUUUUUUUGUAUUGUUAUGUUGGAGAAGCUAUGACUCAAAAGAGUAUGUCUGUUACUGAUGUAAUAUAUAACAUAGACUGGAGUUUAUUGGAUAAGAAAACAAAACAAUCAUUAUUAAUAAUAAUGAUGCGAGCAAGUCAACCAAUAAAACUAUGUGGAUCAUCAUUAAUUAUAAUGUCAAUUGAAACUUUUUUAAAGAUUUUAAAAACUUCUUAUUCUGCUUAUAAUAUAAUGAGGAAAUCAAAUUAA